ACCAAACUUAUUCCAGUUUCAGACAGAAGUAGUCAAGUAUCAGUGUCUUGCCUUUAUAGGGUCUGAAACUGUCCGAAAUUUUUUUGCCUCAGCGUAUGAUGAACGUGAGCCGACCGGCGGUUCACCCGGUGGAUUCGGUUCCGGUAGCUCCGCCCGCUAACGAUAGACCGCCAGCGAGGAUGAGAGAUGUUCAGGGCAUGCCCGGAACAACCGGCGGCCUCAUCCUCCGCCUCUCUCAAUUCGUCCCCGCUCUCAUCUCCUUCUCCGUCAUGAUCACCACCUCCGAUUAUCGCUCGGCCACCGCUUUUUGUUGCUUGGUUCUUGCGGUUAGCUUGCAAAGCCUGUGGAGCUUGGCUCUUUUUUUCAUCGAUGCUUAUGCUCUUCUUGUCAAAAGAAGCCUUCGGAAUCACUUGAUUGUUCAAUGUUUCACUGUUGGAGAUGGAAUCACAUCCACACUUACAUUUGCAGCUGCAUCUGCGUCUGCUGGCAUAACUGUACUCAUCAACGAUUUUGAUAGAUGUAACGUCAACCACUGCACAAGGUUCGAGACCGCCGUAGCAAUGGCCUUCAUCAGCUGGUUUGCGGUGUCUCCUUCCUUUAUUCUCAACUUCUGGUCCUUGGCAAGCUUCUAAUUAGCAUACAAAGAUAAAGUUCAGAGGAAUCUAAUCUAGUUAUCUAUCUUUCCUAGUAUAAUGUAAAUAAAGGGUGGAGUAUAACUAUCCUUCGAAUCUCAAUCAGCCAAUGUUUUGAAGCAUAUAUUAUUACAUUGAGGAAA